UUGCGAUACUAACUAGCUACACACCGGCGUUAAAUCCACGAAAAGAUGCGCCUUCACGGGAUUAAAACAAUAAAACAAACAAGAAGAAGUCCGGAAAAACUUUGCCCAACUGUGCCCAAACUUUGAUAGACUACGACCCAAAUCACUUCCCUGCACUUUCGAGUGUGUUAGCAUUGUUUUAUCCCACCACUUUGCCAUUGGACGCGUUUUUUUCUCCUGGAGCAGUCCAGUCUGAUGAAUUCGCCGAAAAAAGACGGAGAUGAUGAUGUGCCCGUUAAAGACCCGGUAAAAUACGGCGAAUUGGUCAUUUUGGGGUACAAUGGCUCUCUUCCAAGCGGAGACCGUGGGCGCAGAAAGAGCCGCUUCGCUCUGUACCGAAGGGCCAAGGCCAACGGCGUCAAACCCAGCGCCGUGCACAUCCUCAACACACCACAGGACAGCAAGGCCGUCCACAGCAGGGGGCAGCACAGCAUCUCUUUCACUCUGUCCCGUAACCAGACGGUGGUGGUGGAGUACUGCCAUGACAACAACACAGACAUGUUCCAGAUUGGACGCUCCACAGAAAGUCCCAUCGACUUUGUGGUGACAGACACCUCUGGAGGGGGGAAGGAGGGGGAGGACCCCUCCAUCGCUCCCAGCACCAUCUCACGGUUCGCCUGCAGAGUGGUGUGUGAACGCAAUCCACCGUACACAGCACGCAUCUACGCCGCUGGCUUUGAUUCCUCCAAAAAUAUCUUCUUAGGGGAGAAAGCAACCAAAUGGAAAAACCCUGAUGGGCAUAUGGAUGGCCUGACCACCAACGGGGUGCUAGUGAUGCAUCCGGAGGGCUUCCCAGAGGACCCCAAGCAGGGUCUGUGGAGGGAGAUCUCCGUCUGUGGAGAUGUCUAUGCCCUGCGGGAAACACGCUCUGGACCCAGCCGGGGCAAACUGGCGGAGGGCGAGAGCAGUGCACUACGUGACGGUUCCCUGGUUGACCUGUGUGGUGCCACCCUGCUGUGGCGUACAGGUGAGGGGCUGAUGCGUGCUCCCACCCUGCGUCACCUGGAAGCACUUCGCCAGGAGCUGAAUGCGUCCCGGCCCCAGUGUCCCGUAGGCCUCAGCACACUGGCCUUCCCCAGCCUGCCACGCAGCCACAGCCUUGAGGAGCGGCAGCCCUGGGUCUACCUCACUUGCGGCCAUGUUCAUGGACGCCACGACUGGGGCCAGAGAUCCGAGGGAGUGGAGGAGCCAGGAGAGGGCGACGGUUCCACAGCCCGCCGAGAAUGUCCCCUGUGCAGGAGCGUGGGUCCCUACGUGCCCCUGUGGCUGGGCUGCGAGCCUGCUGUGUACGUGGACGCUGGAGCCCCCACUCAUGGUUUUGUGCCGUGCGGCCACGUCUCCUCGGAGAGGACAGCCAGGUAUUGGGCCGAGACCCCGCUCCCCCACGGGACGCACGCCUUCAGACCCAUCUGCCCCUUCUGCUCCACUGCCCUCAGCACCCCCGGCUGGACGCGGCUCAUCUUCCAGGGCCCCAUCGACUAGACGCCACUCCUCAGCAACCACUGUCACAGUAACAGGAAGAGGCCUGAGCUUCAUUCAUGUCGCAAGCGUUGAUUGGUGUUAGGUAUGGAUUGGUAAUUGAUGUGUGCAGCAUGCCUGUUAUACGCUCAGGCCACACAUUCUCUGUGUAUAACAAACACGGUCAAAUGUUAUUCAAUGCAGCUCAAGGCUGAAGAAUCCUUCCCCUUGUUUAUUCUUUGGUGAGUGAGUUGAUUGGCACAGGAUCUGAAGAACAGGUGACAAAACAAACCGAAUAAUCAAUACUGUCAUGUGGACGGUAUUUAAACUCCUCCAACAUGGAGGAUUCUGCUGUUUUUCAUUCCAACCAAAUUCUACACAAGCUGAUUUCACCAUUGACCAAACUCUUCAACAGGAGAGUGUUCUCAUCAGUCAAACUGUGCCUGCACAGAAACUCAAACGAUGCUGCUUGACCCCUUUUCAAACAUCAUUUUCACUCCAUGAUCAAAUGACGCAACCCUCCACUAAUUAUAUGCCAUAUGUCACACGAAAGAACUGCUCUAAACUUGUCUAAAUCUGUUUCAGAAGCCGUGUAUGAAAUGGCAACUAGCUUUUUGCACAUAAGAAAGGAAUGGCCUUUUUUACUUCGCUGAUCUGCAGCGUCUGACACGUCUGCAGCGUCCCUGUGUCCUUAACUCGGUGAAACGCCACCUCUUGCACUUCUCGGCCUGAUAUCAGACCACCUCUUUGUUUCUAGAACAUGUUACUGUACUCUUAAUUGCUUGCGGCAGCAAACAUUACACCCGUGUGUCCUCAGCUCCUGCAAAAACCACAUCCACCUGGUUUCACUAACCACUCAAGGUAAAUGUGGGAGAUUAAAAGGUGAGAUCAGAGGCUUGUGCUUCUGUUCAGCAUUUCAAGUUCCUAGAGUCAUGAAGGGAAAUGUUCUAACCAUAGUAUGCAGUUUUCAUCUUUUGUCUUCGAGUGUCCUUUUAGUGUGAAAUUUAUGCAGAGAGACCCCAUAAAUGAGACCUCUUGAGUAUCAUUAGGUUGGAAUGAAAUUCUGCACACACUUUGAUUAUCUGUGAAGCAUUAGAGGGAAGAAUACCGGCGUGUCUUCACACCACAAAGAAUUCACCUGUUAAGGCCAGAUCGUGUUCCGAUUAUCAAGCGAAGAAGGGAUAAGCAGGGGCUGGCAAUGAAACUGGCUACAGUCCACUUCAUAACUCUCAACAGCAAUAAUAGCACUCGCAUAGAUAAGCUAGAUGUUGUGCUAUGUUUAGCCAAGUGUUACGUGGGCGGUCACUUCAAACAUGGCUGAAAUGGUUUCCAGGUUAAGGGCUCAACCAGAGGCGUGUUCAACAUCGCGGUUUCUUUGAUUUCCAAAUGAGGUCUUUGGCCAGUGAUGUGAAGUAUGUGUGAUGUAACCAAAGCAUUCGAUUUUAAAGAGGAGCACCUGAAUCAGUGAUUAAAUACCUGAUUUAUUUCAGUACUAGUUUCAGAUUCAUCAGUAGCUGACAUGCUGACAGAAAUUAGCAUGUCCGGGCAGGUAUAUUAUGAAAGGACGUUGCCUCUGUUGUGUUAAUUUGAACACACCUCUGGUUGCUGAAUUAUGCUAAACAGGGUCCAUGUUAUUGUGAUGGAGUGUCAAAAAGGCUUGACCUUGUGUAACCUCAAAAGAUAACCUUUUUUUGUGUUAUUUGGUUUCAAAGAAAACUAUUUUGUUAGGAAAUGGGGAGGGAUUUAUUUGGGGAAGCGGGAGGAAUUCUUUUAGAUGUUCAGUGUUAAAAAAAGAAAAAAAACAACUAUUUUUCUAACUGAUAAUUGGUUUUAGUUAAGCGUUGUUACUCAGUGUAAGCAAGUUCUGUAUGUUUCCGAAUAUAAUCGUGUGGUAGAUCUAGGAGAGCUUGUGAGUGAGAAAACGUUGCCAACACUGUGUCCAACAAACACACACUUAACACACUGCUACCAUAAAAAACAUUGCCCAGACAAUGAAUGUAGCCAAAUACUCAGGCUAUAUUUAGCCUUCCCUGGUGCUCAUAUUGAAUGGUCUAUAUUGUGAUACUAUUUUUGUAACCGAAUAUUAUUGUGUAGCUUGGUGAACUAGCUUGAAACAGUCAGAUGAUUUCAAAAUAGCCUCACGUGUGGAAGACGUAUAAUUGAUAAUACACACUCACAUGGGAAUUGUGUCUAGCUUGCAUGUGCUGAACGUACACAUACAGUAUGUACACUACACACACACACCUACUGGAAAACUUUGCACGGUUGAUCGCCAACCUGUUAUUCAUGCUGAGAGCGUUUUUGUCGCAGACCAAGAUGUCUUCCGAGUGCUCAGCUGUUAAAACUGCAGCGUUUCUGUUUUUAUUUGGAAGACCUCUCCAGAAGAAAAAAGAAAAAAAUAGAGAGAGCCUAAAAAAAAAAAUCCUCAUACUUGACAGAUGCGUAAGGUUUGUGAAUGAGACCUGUCUAGUUCCACUUUGUAUUACUAUGCUAAUAUUUUCCACCAAACCAAUCCACUGCAGAAAGACGUCCACAUCAACACUUGUUUUCAUUUUGCAUUAGGACCGAUGGUGGCUGAAAGUCAGCCUGCUGCUUUCAAAAAUACUUCAUUUUCCAUUUGAAGUCUCAAUGCAAGAUUUAAACUCCCCACAGUGCGGUGGAUAAUUGACGCAGUGUUGAUAAUUACUGUAGCUCAGGAUAAGAGAUUUUCAGAUUCACAGCUGGCGAGGCCUGAAGGAAGCCUGGCAGAAGACACUUUGAGUGGAAAAGUUUCACUCCCGCAAAACACAGCAACAAAGCGUCAGAUGUAAGAGUGUAUGGUGGGCCAGAUUAUAGAGGGCAUACAGUAGGGUAGAUCACCGCAGGUCUAGGAUCAGUCACAUACGGGUCAUAACAAAGUGGGUCUCGUGAAACAGGCUAUGAAAACAUCUCGAUCAGCUGCCCUUUACUAAGCACGCCAAAUCCAGUGAAUCCUGCUUUUGAAGAUAUGUACAACAAUUAACGUAACACCAUUGGCAUGUGGAUGGAAGAACCGUUGCAGCACCCUCAUUGGCUUCUAGUUUAUGACCUGACGUAUUUAUUUUAGCUGAUUUUUUUUUCCUAUUCUUCCUUUGAGCCCUCUUUGGGUCAUAGAUGUCCAUAUGCAAUUUCCUUUCCCUCUGAUUUUAGACUUUAGUAUCAGUGAAUCUUUCAGAUCCAGUGUUUUAACGUGGCUUCAGGUUGUUUGAUACCAACAGUGACAUCAUUAGCUCUUCCCUAACUCUGUUUUGUUAUUAUAUGUUUCAAUUGACCUUCAUUCCAGAUGGCAAAACCUCAACUUAUGAACUCAUCUUACUACAGGUGAGUGAGUAGCUGACACAUAUUAUACAGCGUAAAACCUCACAGUUAAUAAUGCAUUCCUUUAAAUACAUCUGUGUCAUGUACAGCGAUUUUAUAUUAUUUUAUAUCAUAUUCUUCUGUAAUCGUCCGGUGCACAGACAAUCGCUAUACACAUGUCAAUAAACCUGUUAAAAAGA